AUGAGUGACCAGUCUCGAGGGCAAGGUCAGAGGAAGACGCCUCUGUCCAAGAGGCCUCGAGAUCAAUUCGACGAAAAUGAUGGCCCAGGUUGUAUGACAGGCAUCAAAAGAUCCAGAACUUCUGGACCGCCCUUCUCAGGACGACAUAAUACCCAGACUAAACUGCAGCGCAAUGAUUAUACUGUUGGCUGGAUAUGUGCAAUUCCAGUGGAAAUGACCGCUGCCACAGCCAUUCUGGACAGCUUUCAUGGGGAAACUGAGAGGGAUCCAAGUGAUGAAAAUACAUAUGUGCUCGGCGCCAUUUGUGGCCAUAACGUUGUCAUUGUGUGUCUACCACAUGGGCAAUAUGGCACAAAUAGUGCAGCAGUUGUGGCAAAGGACAUGUUACGCAGCUUUCCCUCUAUCAAGAUUGGUCUAAUGGUCGGCAUUGGCGGCGGUGUUCCGAGGACAUCCGACAUACGACUGGGUGACAUUGUUGUCAGCGAUCGAGUGGUCCAAUACGAUUUUGGCAAGACCGGACAUGACGGGAAAAUUACACCAACAGGUACCUUGAACAAACCACCACGACCACUGCUGGCAGCGGUUUCCUCGCUACAGGCACGACACCAGCGGGACUCCAGUGAGAUCCCCAAGAUUCUUGCCGAGAUGCUUGAGCGCUAUCCAGCAAUGACCAACUACAUUUAUCAAGGGGCCGACCAUGAUCGACUAUUUGAGCCGAGUUAUGAACAUACAGCGGCCAGCUGCGAUCGGUGUGACAACUCGAAGAUAGUCAAGCGCACCCCUCGGCCGGACAGUAACCCAAAGAUACAUUACGGAGUCAUCGCUUCCGGCAAUCAAGUGAUGAGGGACGCCCAGACAAGGGACCGUCUUGCACAAGAACACAAUAUCUUAUGCUUCGAAAUGGAGGCAGCUGGCCUGAUGGACGCGUUUCCAUGCUUGGUCAUCCGUGGCAUCUGCGAUUAUUCGGACUCCCACAAAGCCAAGCAGUGGCAGGAGUAUGCAGCAGCCACAGCGGCCGCGUAUGCGAAAGAACUCCUAUCCACCCUGCCUGGCAACAACAAGACACUAGUAGUGGACCGUCGACGGGAAUUAUUGGAGUCUCUAAGGUUUGACCAGAUCGGUAGUCGUCAAUCGACCAUAAAAACAGCAUUCGGCGACACUUGUCAGUGGCUGAGCAAUCACUCCGGGUACCUGAGUUGGCGAGACCUCGAACACUUGCCUGACCAUCACGGCUUUUUGUGGAUCAGCGGCAAGCCUGGGACGGGUAAGUCGACGAUCAUGAAGUAUAUUUCUGAGCGAUCAAAGGAGGAAAUAGGAAAGACAAAUGUGAACGCAGCAGUAAUUUCCUUCUUUUUCAACGCAAGAGGCGAUGAGUUUGAGAAAACGACUAUUGGAAUGUAUCGGUCACUUCUCUACCAACUUGUAUGGAAACUACCGGACAUGACGGAUGCGAUUGAGGACUUAGUUGCCAAAUCAACCGCUCGCGACAAUAACUAUAUUUGGACCCUGGAUAUACUGAAAAGGGCUUUCAGCAAAUCAGUUGAAUUGCUCGGUCACCGGCAAGUUACCUGCUUCAUUGACGCUCUCGACGAGUGUGAGGAAGAUGAAGUCAGAGAGAUGGUGCGCUUCUUCGAAGACAUCGGAAGAGGUGCCGUUUCGUCAGGGACCAAAUUUCAUAUUUGUUUUUCGAGCCGACACUACCCGCAUAUCACGCUGGACAGGGGCAUCCGGCUGGUCCUAGAAGACCAGCAUGAACACGAAAGAGACCUAGAGGAAUACGUGCGCAGCCGAUUGAAUACAAGGGACGAAGAACGAACUGAAGAUCUUACUGCGCAGAUUCUCCGGAAGGCAUCAGGGGUUUUCAUGUGGGUGGUACUCGUCGUCGACAUUCUCAACAAGGAAAUCGACCGGGGUCGUAUGCUCUUCCUUGAAAGCAAACUGAAUGAGUUACCCACCAAGUUGAGCGACUUAUUCAGAGAUAUAUUGACAAGGGAUAAGGAAAAUAUGGAUGAACUCCUACUCUCCAUUCAGUGGAUUCUCUUUAGUAAACGACCGUUGAAACCGGAAGAAUACUUCUUCGCCAUGGCCGCGGGCCUGAAAUCCGACUGCCUUGAGGAAUGGGAUCAUGAAGAAAUAACCCUGAGCGAUAUGGAUCGCUUUGUUGUCAGUUCGUCUAAAGGGCUUGCCGAAUCCACAAAGUCAGUCAACGCCACGGUUCAGUUCAUUCAUGAGUCGGUGCGAGACUUCCUGCUCAAGGACUAUGGUCUUGAAUCACUUUGGCCAGAGCUUGGAGCAGAUCGCGAUCGCCAUAGCCAUGAAACACUCAAGCAGUGCUGUUACACAUACAUAAACCUCGACUUUUACCCAUACAUCAAAAGCUGCGAGAUACCAUCGACGAUUGGUAACAGAGAUAAAUUCGCCUUGGAAACGUCUCACAAAUUCGCCAAAUACUUACAGUCGGUGAUAGCUCAGAAGUUUCCGUUCUUAGAGUACGCAACAACUCAUGUCUUACAUCAUGCAAAUAUCGCAUCGAGUUGGGUUCCACAGAACGACUUUAUUCGAAGCUUCUCAACCAAGCAAUGGAUCAAGCUCUAUAACAUUUUUGGAGCACACAAAUCGUAUGGUUACACAUUGAAUGCCAGUCGUUUGUACAUUUUUGCAGAACAGGGCCUGGUAUCGCUUGUCCAGACAAUCCUUCGUGAGAAUCGCCGAUUCGAUGUUUCAAGGGAGAGAAACAGGUGUAUUUUCCAAGCUGCCGUUCGAGGUGGCAACGAGGCUGUGCUUCAAGCACUUUUGAAUCACAUUGGGAGACAAAAGAAUCAACAAGGCGCCAUUUCUGACUUCAGCUCAGGGUCGUCAGACAUGGAGGAAUCUUGCAGGGUCGAAUUGCCUGAUGAAAGUGGCCGUACUCUACUUUCAAUAGCCGCAGAACAUGGCCAUAUCAGCAUCGCGAAGCUGCUCAUCGACAAAGGUGCAAAUGUCAAUGCGCGAGACAAACAUGGCCGGACACCCCUUUGGUGGGCUGUCAUGUAUAAGCAAGAAGAUUUUGUCGAAUUUCUUGCUAGCGCAGUUCAGAUACUUGACGACUGUCUUGAAAACUCAGACUCCUCAGAAGAUGAAGAAUUCGGCGCCAUGGAUCAGGGUUACUCUCGCUUAGUAGCCGAAAUCGAUAUAUACGACAAAAAGGGCGAUACUCCACUGAUUUGUGCUGUCCAGAAUGGCCAUGAACAUAUAGCAAGAACUCUGUUGCUAGCAGGUGCCGAUAUCCACGCCUCAACUCGAAAUGGGCAGACACCACUGCAUCGAGCUGUUGCCUCAAGAAGCGAAUCUCUCACCAAACUACUUAUAGAAAAAGGCGCCGAUGUGCACCGCAAAGACAAGAGCGGCCAGAUGCCAAUCCAUAUUAGUACAUUAUGUGGGAGCCGCAGGAUGACAAAGACAUUGAUUCAGGCGGGCGCAGACGUCAACUGUAGCAAUGGCGCAGGUGAAACCCCGUUAAUAUUGGCAUAUAGCAGCUCGAAGGUAAAAGGUACGACCAGCGCUGAAUUACGGCACAAUAUUCGUUUGCGCCCCCCAAUCUCGACGACCGGGGGAGGAAGGGGCUAUGAACUAAUAAUUUUACUGCUUGAUCAUGGUGCCGAACUUGACAAAAGAAACACCCUUGGGCGAACAAUUCUUUUCGAGGCCUGUGCUAGGGCAGACUUUAAGUUCGCAGAACUCUUAAUCCAGAAGGGCGCCGACGUCACCAUCGCUGACAAUAACGGGCAAAGACCUUUUUCAGCAACACUAGACCCAACCCAGUUUCCUAACACUUUGACAAAACUUCUAUUGGAGAAAGGCGCAAACAUCAAGGACCGCGACUCCUUCGCUCGGGAUUUCUUGCGCAUAGGGCUUAGUCGGUAUGCCCGCGAUAAAGUCUUCUUUGACUCAGCCUGGCCAAAUGUCGAGGGCCCUGUCAGGGAGGCGAUUCUCAACGGAGUUGAUGUUGAUAUACGCGACCCAGCAGGCCGUACGAUGCUGUUGAAAGCAGUCAGGGCGGGUUACAAGACCUUGGUCUCAUUCUUACUCGAAACCGGGGCGAACCCCGAUUUCUUGGACAGGAAAUCCGCCAAUACACUCGCCGGUCUCUUUAAGAAAGGCGUCGUAAUGCCCACCAAUCCUAAUCCCUCAAAAUUCUGGCAGCGCUUGCACAAGCACUGA